AUGCUCACAGUGAUUACUACAAGACCCUAGGUAAUACGGGACGAGAAUAUUCAUUAGGGGUUCGUGAAAUGAGCGGGGGGGGGGGGGGUCGCUUUCUUUGCGCAUUUACACGUUUUAAAUUCACACCCAGAAUUCAGCCUCUAGGGCGAGGUGGGGCGUGAGACAAAUGACUUUUGGGAUCUGAUGGGAUGUCCCCCUCUUUCUGUCUCCCCCCACCCCCUCCCCACUGACCGCUGUCCGUCUGUCCUCUGCCUCCUCCAUCCAGGUGAGCGCCCCUUUGCCUGCGACUGGCCGGGCUGCGACAAGAAGUUCGCGCGCUCCGACGAGCUGGCCCGCCACCACCGGACGCACACUGGCGAGAAGCGCUUCCCCUGCCCGCUCUGCUCCAAGCGCUUCACCCGCAGCGACCACCUGACCAAACACGCGCGCCGCCACCCCGGCUUCCGCCCGGAACUGCUCCGGCGCCCGGGCGCCCGCAGCUCCUCGCCCAGCGACUCUCUGCCCUGCAGCCUGGCGGGCAGCCCAGCGCCCAGCCCCGCGCCCAGCCCGGCCCCCGCCGGCCUGUAGGGCCCCGGUCCAGCCCGCCCUGAGCGCGCCUCCGCUGGGCCCGGGCUUGGAACACCAGCAACACGCCUGCUCUCUAGGGCCUGGGGCCGGGCUGGGAGCCAUGGCCAGCCCGGCCCCUUCCAGCGUUCCCCCGAGGGCCCCGAAGAUGCCCCUGUCUCCCUCCAGAAACCAAGGAGGGGGCCUGAGACUGGACUUGGGUCAGCCGGGCCUCGGAGGGGUGGCUGGAGCCCGCAUCUGUAAAUAGCCAUGAUCGAUAACUCUUCCCAUCUGUUAAACAGAGACCCCAGGCGGGUGGCUGGCGGGCGCUCCCCUUCCCCCUUCCCCACCUCCCUGCUUUGGGGGGAUGGGUAUGGGUCUUGGGAAGGGGACACAACAGGCGCCCCUUAACCAGCGCUCAGACUCGGCCCCCAGGCCCCUCCCUCCAGGUUGGGAUGAAGCGUGCAAAUAGCCAUAGAUGAACCAGGGGUUGUCGAGGCCCCUGCCUGUCCCCACCCCCAACCCCGCGGGGGCCCCUCACCCCACCGAAAGCCAUUGGAGACGUUCAGGGAAAUGGGGUGCGGCCCGGCCGCCCCCUCUCGGGUACUCAAUCUCAGGUGUCCACAGGUUCUGCCCCACUGCCCCCGGGAGGGGCCGCCCAGCUCCC